AUGGACGUGGGCGCGGACGAGUUCGAGCAGAGCCUCCCUCUGCUGCAGGAGCUGGUCCAGGGCGCGGACUUCCUGGGUGAGGUCCGGGGGUUCCGGGCCAGUUUAAACUUAAACUAUUUAGGUAGGUACAUUGUUAUUAACUUAAUUAGGGUACUCCUAAGGCUUAGGAAGAGCCACACUCAAGGGGCCAAAGAGCCGCAUGUGGCUCUCGAGCCGCAGUUUCCGACCACGGAGCUAGGGCAUGGGACUCUUGUCUUUUUUGCCUUCCCGGCAGGUCUGGACAUAGAGUUCACGGGCCUUCGCACUAACCUGUCCGGGUCCCAGCAGAUCAGUCUUUUUGACUUGCCAUCGGAGUGGUACCUAAAGACCCGUCGGAGUGUUCAGCAAUUUACAAUCUGUCAGAUUGGACUGUCUGUGUUUUCCAGCGUCGCAGGCGAGUCGAACAAGUACGUAGCCCAUUCCUGUAACUUCUUUCUCUUCCCUACGACGUUUGGGAUUCUGGACUCGGAAUUCUCUUUCCAGGCCUCUAGCGUACAGUUUCUGAAUCAGUAUGGCUUCGACUAUAACAAGUUUCUCAAACAUGGAAUCCCCUACAUGAACGAAGAGCAGGAGAAGCAAAUCAAACACAACAUCCUGACUGGGAACUGGAGAGUCCGCAGUUCCCUGGACAAAGAUCAAAUGAAGGCGGUGAUCGAUGAGGUGACGCGGUGGCUGCACCUGGCGGAGGAAGGCGACUGGAUGACGCUCCCUGGGAUCACUGGCUUCCAGGCCUUCGAGGUCCAGCUGGUGCUGAGGCAGGCCCUCCCGGACAUCUGGACGGUGCUGAGAGACCAGGCGGUGAUAGUGAAGAAAGUGAGCAGGCAGCACCGCUGGUACCUCCAGAACACGUCCUGCGACCGAGAGAGCUGCUGGAAGGAGAAGAUCCUGCUCUCCGCCAGGGGCUUCUCUGUGUUUUUCCAGAUGCUGGUGAAAGCCCAGAAGCCCUUGGUGGGACAUAACAUGAUGAUGGACCUGCUGCAUCUGCAUGAGAAGUUCUUCAGGCCCCUCCCAGAAAGCUACCACCAGUUCAAGCAGAAUAUCCACAGCCUCUUUCCCGUCCUCCUCGACACCAAGAAUGUGACCAAGGACAUAUGGAAGGACCUGAAUUUCCCGAGGGUUUCCAAUCUCUCCGAGGUGUACGAAGUCCUGAACAGUGAGUUGAAUCCCACCAAGGACUCUGGGCCAGUGAUCAUUCACGCCAGCAAGUGCGAGAGAUACGCUGAGACAAAGUUCCCCCACGAAGCAGCAUACGACGCCUUCCUCUGCGGAUCAGUUCUUCUGAAAGUGGCGCACUUGCUCCUGUGGAGAGUGCACGGGGCCGGCCCCACCCCGGAGCCCUCCUUCCCCCUGUACCUGGACGUGCUGGCCCCCUAUGUGAACCAGGUGAACCUGAUCCGCGCCGGGGUCCCCAAGAUCAACUUCUCUGGCCCAGAUUAUCCCAGUAUCCGGCCCCCCAUCCUCGUCCUCAGCGUCCGGAGGUGGCUGGGGGUCACCGAGCAGCAGAUCUAUCGCGAGUUCCAGAGUCUCUGCAAAUUCGACGUCCGGCGACUCACGCGGAACCAGUUCCUGCUCUUGACCAACAAGUUCAAGGACGCCCGGAGCGUCCUGAAGGAGUACCGGGGCCACCCCGCGCUGCAGGUGUCGCUGUACCGGUACUGGAGGCACUCCCCGGACGUCCACUGCCUGCUGCAAGUCUGUGGCAUAGUCACCGCCUGGGCCCUUCUCGCGUUUCUCCUGGGGCGACCUGGCCCCUGACGCCACCCGAGCCCUGCCGCUCCCGUCGGCGCCUCUCCGGGAGGCCAGCCCGUUUGUGUUCGUGUGAAUCGUAUUCUACUUGCCAAUGGACCUGCCUGGUCAUUUCGAGGGAUUUCGUUAUGUUUUGAGCG